CUCAUCAAGACGUCGCUGGCUGUGGGUGCUGCUCGUUCGGAGCUCGGAAAACUCCAUUGAACGAACAACCAGCCAGAACAGGGGCCGCUCUAUCAUUAUAUCGGAAUUACGAAUGUCAAUGCUAAUUAAUUCGUUAGCUAGCGUGUGAUUUUGCCGGUAUAUAAAAACCCGAACCAUCGUAACCGGUUCGCGUGUGUUCGAGUACUAACACCCACUUCCCAGGGAAUUCCCCAUAGCCAGUGCGUUGAAAGUAUUGGGACAGAGACGCGUUAUAUACUCAUUAUGGAUAUGAGGAUCUCUUGAUUUCUUGAGAAACGUUUACGCGGUUACCUACCUUGAGCCGCAGUCUCUUCCCAGAUCCAAUUUGCAUAAGUAAACCUGAUAAAAACACACACAGCUCGUAACGCAAGUCAAAUUUAAAACCGAAACCAUGUUUCGUUAAGGCUUUUUGCAAGGCGACAAAAAACCCGUAGACCCCAAAAGACUCUCACAGAGGUUCGACAGUUUGUGUUUACCCAUCUAUACCUGGUCAGUGUUUUCAGGUACUGAUACUGCCAUUCGCGAAGUUCCCCACUGAUCUUCUAUAACUAUAAAGAGAACGAACUAAGACAACAACAACAGGAAGAACUUUGUUGAUCAGCAAACAACUUUAAGUUGCUCACAUCAUUCAUCACCUGAACUGGAACCUCCAUCAUGCCGAAGAAGAUCCAGCAUCGAGGGGGAUCCCUGUACUGUGGAGUUACUCUGCUCGGGAUCCUGUGCUUAGUUGUGUUCCGACUCAUUCCGGGAAUUCCUUUCGGGGCUUAUGUUAUGGCCGAAAGAGACCGCUACCACACCAUAGAUGAUCCGAACGUUCCCUGCAAUUUCUACGAUACGGUCAACUUGACGGGUCACACCUCGUUCUCGAACGGAAGCUACGACUAUUAUGGCACGAUAGUUCCCGCACACUUGAUCGGAACGUACGACUACAUCCACAGAUCGCUGACGGAACGCAUUGAGGUCCCGGAGCACGUCAGAGGAUGUGUCUGCAAGUUGAAGGAGUGCCUCAACAUCUGCUGCCCGUGGCGCCAGGUCUUCGACUCCGAAACGGAUGGAUGCAUAAUCGAUCACAAGGAUAAUCGGACUUGGCCGGAACCGCCUCUGCUCAAUGUGACCUUCCAUAACCAAAGCACGCUGGUUGUCAACAUGUUUCAGCAGUUUGCUAUCCAGAGCUUCCGACCCUGUCCCAAGAUGUUCUCCCUGCAGCCAGAUAUCAACUACUGGGACGACUAUCUUAUUUUCGAGAACGGUUCCAUGCUCCGUAUAGACGAUAAGCAGGUCAUCAGGAAGAAUGAGUUCUGCUUGGUGCCGGCCUAUGUCAACGAAUCUGACCUCUUCUACACACUUCGUCCGGCCAACUGUGAGAUGCAAGACGACCACGGCACGGUGAAGAUCAUCAAUGCCUAUGCCAUGAUCUUCUCCAUCCCCUUCAUGAUGCUGACCAUAGCCGUUUACCUGCUGAUCCCCGAGCUUCGCAAUCAGCAUGGCAAGAGCCUGGUCUGCUACUUGGUGGGCCUCACCGUCGGCUACUCCUCGCUGGCCUAUGUUCAACUCUACAAAAUCGAUGCCUCGGGAACUGAAUGCCAGGUACUGGGAUAUACGGCCUACUUCUUUUUCAUGGGCGCCUACCUUUGGCUGAGUGUCAUCAGCUUCGACUUGUGGCACAACUUCCGUGGGACGAGAGGCAUCAACAGGUUCCAAGAGAACAGGCGCUUCCUGUUCUACUCGCUAUACUCGUGGGGAAUUGCCGUCGUUUUUCUGGCCUUCACUUAUAGUGCCCAGAAACUGACCGAUUGGCCCUCGUAUCUCAAGCCCGGAAUCGGGGAUGGCACAUACUGCUGGCUGGACAUGAGCAACUGGUCGGCCAUGAUCUACUUCUAUGGACCCAUUAUGGCGAUCGUCGUGGCCAACACGAUCAUGUUCAUAAUGACGGCAAUCAAGAUCCACGGAGUUCAACGGGAGAUGGCCAGGAUAAUUGCGAGUGAGAACAGCACCAAAAACCUGCGAACCGAGAAGGACAAGUUCGGCUUGUUCCUGCGCCUCUUCCUCAUCAUGGGCAUCACUUGGCUGUCGGAGCUCGUCUCGUUCUUCGUGGGCAACGACAAGGAGUGGUCGAAGCUCUUCUACAUCUCGGAUCUGGCCAACGCCAUGCAGGGCUUCCUCAUCUUUAUGCUGUUCGUGAUGAAGAAGAAGGUCAAGCAUUUGAUCACAAACAGAUGCUCGAGUGUGCGCGAUGGCAGUAAUCAACGUCAGAGUCAGUACUCCACCAAGACCACGUCCAGCAGCGUGGCCAAUCUGUCGCUGCACGAGAAGCCCUCGGUGGAGAAGCCGCUGGUGAUCAGCUCCAGCGUGGAUCCCCAGAGAACCACCAUCUUUCGCUGA